UCCUUUUUGUAGAAACAACAGACAGAAUGGAGCCACCAUCCUUGGUCCUAUGUGCAAUUGAAUCAGCAGCUCGAGUGUAUCAUGAUCGACCAAUACUCUACUUUAUGAAGGGGCUGCAUGAUAUAGAAACAGAAGAAGAUAUGAAUAGAAACCGGAAUCUUUUUCCGGCUCUCUCGUCUUUUGAUAAUGUCUAUAUACUGCCUCUGAGACUUAAAGAAUUGUUUAAUAAUACACCUCUUCAAUCAUGGUAUGAAAAGGUAAACCCCGCAAAAGAAAUCUACUGGACUCAUGUUAAAUCGGACGCAUGCAGAUUUGCAAUGAUGUGGAAGUAUGGAGGCAUUUACAUGGAUACUGACGUCAUUUCAAUCAAACCCAUUCCUGAAGACCAUUUUCUAGCAGCACAAUCCUUUACAUUGACCAGCGGUGGUGUAUUUGGUUUAUCUCCACAUCAUAAAUUAACAUGGGAGUUUAUGGAAAACUUUGUCCAAAAUUAUAGAGGAGAAAUAUGGGGACACCAAGGACCAGGAGUUUUCUCACAUGUAGUGGCCAAAUAUUGUGGAGUUCCUCAGUUCAAAUCUGUGGAUCAUGUCGAUUGUGCGAAUGUCUCCUACUUUCACCCUGAACGCUUCUACCCCAUUCCGUACCCAUCUUGGAGAGACUACUUUGCGGUUUGGAAAUAUUUGCCAACUUUCAGUAAUUCUUAUGCUCUUCACCUCUGGAACUACAUGAAUAAAGAAGGAAAGCUCAUGAUGGUUGGAGGUAACACACUAGUAGAACAUCUUUAUCAAUAAUACUGCCCUUCCACUUAUGGAGCAGUCUAAGGCAGUGGCGUAAUUUGAACUCACUGGGCCCGACAGCAAAUUUUUGAACGUGUCAUUGUUUAAAAUGCCAUUAUCUAAUAAUGUUGAGGGGGUCCUAACAAUACAUUUUUUCAUUCUUCCUCUUUCCUCCUGGCCCUAAAACAGCCGCUUCCCUUAUAGCUACGCCCUUGGUCUGAGGAAUAAAACAACUCCCUUCUAGGGAAGGCUAUCACAAAGAUUUUAGGCUAGAUUUAAUUAUGCACUCAAAUGCCAAAUGCUUCCUAUUUUAGCAUAUGAACUUAAUUUCAGAAUUGCCAGAUCAGGCAUAUUCAGGAUGCUGCUGGCACCUGACCAAUCUAUUUUACUGUAAAAGGGUCUGUCUCAUUUCCAUAUUUAAAACUGGCAUUCUACUAGACAAAAUAUUGCUGCAGGCAGCUGUAUUUCAGCCUUUUU